AUGGAAAUAGCGAGCGCGAUGGAUAACAUGAUGAAAAACAGCAUGGGACUUCACGAUGACCGGUCGUCCCGCAACAGCAACAGCAGCAGUUCCGGUUCACCCACAGUAGUGCACGAGAAGAAGAAAAUGCUGGACAUAACGCGCGAUAGGCCAAUCAAAAUUGCCGUCCGAGUGCAGGUUCCCGUGAGAGAUCAUCCAAAGUUCAACUUCGUCGGCAAACUGCUCGGUCCCAAGGGAAACUCACUAAAGCGGCUGCAGGAAGAAACGAUGUGCAAAAUGGCCGUCCUGGGCAAGGGUUCGAUGCGGGACCGCAAGAAGGAAGAGGAGCUACGACUCAGCGGAGACCCCCGCUAUGCGCAUCUGUCCGAGGACCUGCACGUGGAAAUCUCGACCUACACCGCGCCGGCCGAAGCACACGCCCGCAUCGCCUACGCCCUGGCGGAAGUGCGCCGGUUUCUGGUUCCGGACUAUCACGACGACAUUCGACAGGAGCAGAUGUGGGAAAUGCAGGCACUAAACUCACAGAACGCGACCAGCAACCUGACGGCGGCCCAUGACGUGAGUCUGAACGGGGCCUGCGGCAACGGGCUCGGCACCAACGGUCUCAGCAUCAGCAGUAGCGGAAGCAGUUGCAGCACCGGCAGCACCGGAAGCACGGCCAACGGAACCAUGUCGACCAACGGUGGCACCACGCUGGCCAAUGGCGCUGGCGGCGGUGGUCUGAACGGUGUGGUCAACGCCGUCGUCACGAACGGCGGUUCGGGGCUCGUCACCGGAAGCACCAACCCAUCAGUGACGAUCGGCGUCGGGUCGGAACUCAGCAACGGCACGCAACCGACCGCCUCCGUCACGGAGCUUCAGCAUGUGACCAGCUCGCUAACGCACCAUCACCAUCACCAGCACCAUCAACAACAACAGCAACAGCAACAACAACAACAGCAACAGCAACAGCAGCAGCAACAACAACACCAGUUCCUGACGGGCGAUACGGACAUGAGCAGCCUCCUGCAGCCGAUGGACGUAAACAUGGCGUCGGCGAAUCAUUUCGUGAACUCCCUGCCUACGAGCGACCUAGAGGCGCAAACACUGGCGUUCGUCGAAUCGGCCAAUGCAUUCCUGCAUCCGGCGCUGCGUGGCGUGAAAGCGGUAAGCUUAGCACGCAAGCGGCCCCUGCUGGGAGGACCCCGGUCGACCAUGAACCCCACCAAGCGCACCGUGAUGACUCUGAUUGCACGUGCACGCACCGCCCAGGCCCUGCACGGUUCGCGGACGGCCCAACCCAUCGGCGAACCAAUACAGGUGAUCACGUCGCCGUUAAUUCUCCAACCGCCGCUGGACUUGCUACAACCAAAUGCGGGCGCCGGCGUUGCCAAGGAGAACAUCCUGCAGGGCGCCUAA